UUCUCAGCUCCAUGUCUAAUAUUAGAUCUUUCCCAGACAUACACUUCAUGACGGAAAGCCAGUGACAAAUAUAAUAAGGAUAAUGAGUCUUUAAGCAAAUGGGAAUUCUUUCAACGUUGUGCACAUAUUGGAAUUGGUGAGCAUCUAAAUACACAAGUGAGAAGAAAUUUAAAAAUAUGUCAAGGGUCACAGUAGAAGGUAACCAUUUGAAUGGAUGAGAGCGCACAGUGUUUUUUCCUCCACCAAAGUCACUGGGACAUACAGGUUAAAAGAGAGGCCGAGCGUGCGGAGGGUCAUCAUGACAGGCGUGACUGUGUGUUUUGGGGCGGUGAACUCGAUCAAAGCUUUAUGGGAAACCAGGAUAAAGAAGAACAAGGAGGAGCUGAAGAAAGAUAAAGAGCAGAGGGAGAGAGUGGCUGUCGGAAGGUUGACAGGGACAUGGGAGGAUCGGAUCACCUUGGCCAAAUUAAAGGAAAAAACUGUGACUGAGGAUGGGAGGAUCAUUCUACGCAUUGAAAAUGAAGAGUGGAAGACUCUUCCUGCAGCGCUGGUCCAGCUCUCUCAGAUUCAGGAAUGGCAGCUUCACCGAACAGGGCUUCAGAAGAUCCCACGCUUCAUCUCUAGCUUUCAGAGCCUUAUCGUUCUCGACCUGUCCCGCAACGCAAUCGCAGAAAUUCCUAAAGAAAUUGGUAAGUUAACACGGUUACGAGAGCUGCUUGUGAGUUACAACAGACUGAACUGUAUACCCGAGGAGUUAUGCAGCUGUGAAUGUUUGGAGCGACUAGAACUGGCAAUGAACCGGGAUCUGGAUGAGCUUCCACAACAGCUCAGCAAUCUGAAGAAACUCCACCACUUGGACCUCUCAAUGAAUCAAUUCAGCACAAUCCCUGAGUGUGUAGUGAAUCUUCCUGCUCUCGAGUGGUUGGACAUGGGUGGGAACAGUUUGGAGAGCCUACCAGAUAACAUCCACAGAAUGGAGAAGUUGCACACACUGUGGCUCCAGAGAAAUUAUCUGGAGUAUCUGCCGGACAACAUCAGCCGUAUGCACAAUCUGGACACGCUGGUGCUCAGCAAGAACAAGCUGAGAGACAUUCCUUCACUGAUGGAGGGCAUGACAAACCUUAGGUUUGUAAAUUUCAGAGACAACCCUCUGACGUAUGACGUGACUCUACCUGACGUAAAAGAGGAGGUAGCAGAGGAGGAGAAUGACCGAGAGAUGUUCGGCAAAGAAUUCAUGCACCAUUACAUCCAUGAAGCCCGCAGAAGAGGAUCCCAGACUUAUACAUCAGUGCUAAAUGUGAAGCUGGAGGGUUUGAUAGAGGAAGUGGCAUGAUGCAGUCCUGCAUGCUGGCUUCUUCUGGUCCUGUUGCCUCCUGUCCUGACAAAUCUGUCCUGUCCUGUCCAAUCUGUCCUGCACGUCAUGUAAAGAUAUGUCACGUUUCUUUAGUUAAGGACUGAGGACUGUUUUGCUAUCUGUUGCUGCCACUGUGUCCAAAAGAUCAAGGAACCAAAAAGAGAAAACUAAAAGAGAGCCCUUUACUAUAUUUUGUUGUGUGUCUCUGUCUGAGCAGUUUGUGUGUUUAGCUGGGAAGUGCAGUCAGAAGCACAUUCUCUAAAGACACGUCCAAACUGGUGUAAAACCUGAGGCUGGGUUUGAAGCCUCGCUGCUGGAGGUAAUGCAGCCUGCCGUGGUCGAUCAGCAUCUUGCACAGGCGUCCGAUACGUUCACGCUCCUCUGCUGAAAUGGCACUACAGGCAACAGAGAGAACACACAUGGUUUAUACUAAGAACACAAUGAACCCAGGGCUUUCAUCAACUAAUAAGUGCUGUGUAAAUUCAUCAGAGACCAUCCUCAAACCUAUCGUCAGUUGUAUAAAAUGUUUUAAAAUGUUUCCCAUUUUUAACGGCACAAAGGUGCUGGACCAGCCUACAUAAAACAUUACAAGAUUAAUUACGAGAAAAGGAAUUAAACCCUCUAGAGCUUUUGGCCCAAAAAUAUGUGUUGAUUUCUCUGACAAUCUCAUGAUCAGCCUCUGCUCUUUGUGUGCGUCUCGCUCUCUAUCUUUCAGUCUUCCUCUCUCCUACCUCUUCUACUUGUUUCUUCCAUUUUUUCUUCCCAGUUUUUACUAUCCCUGUCCUUCUUACACUCUGUGUCUCUCGGUCUUGCCAUCUUCCUGUCUCCCCCUGUGCAUUUUUCUCUCUCCUUCUCGCUCUCUCCAUCUUCAAAUCUCCACAUGUCUGUCCCUCUCUUUCUCACAGCUUUAUCUCUUUAACUAAUCUCUAAACCCUUACUUGUUGAGAUGAUCAGGAAAGCUUUCAGAACUCCCUUCAUGUUCAACCUCUUCUCCUUCUUCUUCUUCAUCCUUGAUCUCUUGUGAGGAUUUCUCAGGAUUUAAGGAGGAUUUGACUCUGCUCAUGCCACAUGUAGCCCAGCUGGACAUGCGCUGGAAAGCAGAAAACUCUGUGGCUCCAAGACCUCGUUCUCUGAAAAAGUCCUUUCCAACAUAAUGCCUCCAUUCACAGCGAUGAUGGCAGCAGAGUGCAAUAGUGAGCCCCGAUACUACAACCUCCUCACUGCCUUCAGAACCCUGCAUCACGUCCUCACCUCCUUCCUGAAGUUUUAUACGUUUAGUGGGAGGUUCAAUGUCUUUGUCUUUUGUACUGCGCUCAAAUAAACACCGCAGAGCCAAAUCUGUAAAGCCAAAAACGCCUGGUUAUACUCUAUAAGAAAACAGACAGCAGGUACACAUAAUAGAAAAAGUUAGCAGAAUGAACCCACCUGUUGCUGCGCCACAUAGGUGUUUGCCCACUGCAAUUACAGGAAGUUGCUUUUCUUGUAAAAACGGAACUCUGCCUAUAGAACAUCGAAGCAAGCGAAAAGAUCACACCAUGUUUACUGUAUAUCUCAAUUUCCUAUUUUAGGUGAAAAUCACUCACUCACUUAAGUCAAGGUGCUGAAUGUCAACCUGCAGCCUGUCGAAGGUUGAGUCUGUGCUUUUGUGUUUGCCAUCUACCUUAACAAAUGAGAAAAAUGCAUUUUAGGAAAGUAGAACAGACAAAAAAUGGCAACCUAAAAGUAAAAACAGCAAUACAAGUGAUUUUUUACAUGGUGUGAAAUUCUUUUAACUCCACAUUUUGUGCUAUUUUAGGAAAGUCCUGAACAACAGGUUGAUGUGAUAUAACAGAUACUGUUACCACUACAAAGCUGAUUAUCUUCCUAUAACAUAACCCCACAAUGUGCUGUAUUAUUUUUGUACAACAGUGUACAAAAGUGUACACUGGGUUUCAGAGAAGAAAACAAAAUCUCAGUGACUGUUUUUUAGUAAACAUGUAGCUUCUGAGCAGGUUUACUAGAGAAGGUGUGGUUUCUGUAAUUGUGUUGUAGUGAAGGAGAUGUAACCUCUGAGACUGGACUUUUUUAUUAUGAAAAUGCAUACCUUAAAGCGAGUACUGGAUCUCUCCACUAACAGGAAGUGGACAUUUUCUGCUUCCUGAAGGGCAACAUGAAUCCAGUGGGAAAGUUUACCUUUUCCAGCACCAAACUCCACAUAACACCUCUCUGGCCCAAGCAGCUCCAGGGCCUCCAUAUUCCCCAAGAUCGAGGCCUGUUAAACACACAACACGCGUUCGUGUACAUUUCAGAUUUACAUAUUUUUUAGCAAAGUUUUUGUUGAAAAUUACCUGCUGCUUAAGGUGUUUAAAAGCAAAGUUCCCAUUCUUGGGAUCAUUAAGAGCUUCGUUUAAAGCCGGAUGAGAGAGAAGGCUAGUGUCAGGCUCCGUGUUUAAUCCUGAGAAAGAGAAGAAAUGGGAUGCUAAAGCAGUAAAGGGUGAAAGAAAGCUUCACAAUGCCCUGCUUUUAACUCUAUUCCUCACACCAGUGAAAUAUCAAAUGUAAAUACACAUCUUUACACCCACUGUAGGUGUAAUC